UCUAGGACUUGCGACCGCGUGAAAUUAUGUGAGAGGGCGAGAGGAUAGGUGGAGGGAAGGAAGGAGGGGCCAGCGCGACUUUAUGAGGGUUGGAGUCGUUUCCAAUCUGCCGAAGAAAAACGUGCGUUCCUCCCACCGCAGCCUAAGCCGCCCGCGCUCCGAGUUCGCACUAGUGUAGCACGUCGUAGUGAACGAAUCACAAACCAUGGCUGCUCCACGAUCACCGCCUUCAAUACGGCAGAAAUUAUCAGAGACGAGGUUCCCCUCGAUGCCCCACCACUUGAUUUCCAGCCAGCCACCUUCCUUUCAGACCGCCUUGGGCAGAAAAGUGGCCGUCUUCCGCAGAUAGCGACAGGCUAUUCUGGUGACGCAACAUACUGAUACUUGGGUAACCGCAGCCAUGAGUAAGUUCGGCACACUGGUAAUGGGCCCAGCUGGCGCUGGCAAAUCCACCUUCUGCACCGGUCUCAUACAACACCUUCAGAACAACAAGCGCCCAUGCUUCUACGUAAACCUCGACCCUGCCGCCGAAGACUUCGCAUUCGAGCCAGACCUCGAUAUCAAAGACCUGAUUAGUCUCGAAGAUGUUAUGGAAGAGAUGAGCCUCGGCCCCAACGGCGGCCUGAUAUACUGCUUCGAGUUUCUUAUGGAGAACCUCGACUUCCUAACAGACCCGCUCGAGGAAGUCACCGAAGACUACCUGAUCGUAUUCGACAUGCCCGGACAAAUAGAGCUAUAUACACACGUACCAAUCCUGCCCGACCUCGUCAAGACACUGAUGCACGGAAGCUUGAACAUCCGCAUGUGCGCCGCAUACCUCCUCGAAGCAACCUUUGUCGUCGACCGACCCAAAUUCUUCUCCGGGACACUAUCAGCCAUGAGCGCCAUGCUUAUGCUCGAAAUGCCGCACAUCAACAUCCUCAGCAAGAUGGAUUUGGUCAAGGGGCAGGUAGCGAAGCGCGAGUUGAAGCGGUUCGUACAAGUCGACGCUGAUCUGAUCGAGGAUGAUCCGUCGCGCAAGACGACAGACGAAGAAGACAACAGGAAGUACAGGGAUCCUGCGACAACGGAGAGUCUCAUGAGCGGCUCAGCGUUCCACAAGCUCAACAAGGCUGUUGCGCAGCUGAUUGAUGACUUCAGCAUGGUCUCGUACCUUAAGCUGGAUGUGCAGGAUGAGGACAGCUUGGGCGCAGUGCUGAGCUACAUCGAUGAUGCAAUACAGUUCCAUGAAGCACAAGAGCCCAAGGAGCCUAAGGAAGCAGAUAUGGACGAGUAAGACGGAGAUUUAGACGGGCAUUUGCACAGAUGGCGUUCAGGCAUCGAAAUUUUGGCAGCAUUGACAGGCGCGUUGGUUACAAGGGGGAGGCGGCACGGAGCUA